GAAACCGGAGACUUUCAAAGAGCACGGUAGGGCAUGCUUGCAAAGGCGGCCUGUGUCUGAUGUUUAUGGUCUAAUAAUAUUCGUAUUUUCAACGCGAAAUGCGCGUUUCCGAGAUCAGAUUGUGCCGACUAUUGUGCCGAAGGGUUCCUGGAGUUUGGAUAGGACGAACUGAUCCAGUUGUACGGAGUGACGAACCGUUGAACUUUGCCGGAUCUGUUGAUGGCUCGAGGUGUUUCUCUUCUCUACCUCCGGGACAUCAGAUGAACGUGUUCGACAGGAAGGCCAAGACGCGCCACAGGUCCCUAGCUGCUUUAGACAAGGAAGCCGAAGUGUACGACUACCUCAAGAAUGAGGUUGGUUACCGAUUAGCUGACCGUGUUUACGACAUUAAGAGGAAGUUUUCAAGAGCCGUGGAGCUGGGCUGUGGCCGAGGCUACGUGUCUCAUAAUUUGGACUCUGAAGCCGUGGAAUCCCUCGUCCUAUGCGACUCGUCACCGGAGUGCCUUACACGAUGCAAGGUUCCCAAGGACGUGCCCACAACGAAGCUUCUCGUAGACGAGGAAUUUCUUCCCUUUGCGGAAAAUUCUGUCGACAUCUUCCUCAGCAGCUUGAGUCUCCAUUGGGUCAACAAUCUUCCCGGUACAUUCAAACAGGUGUGGAACGCACUCAAACAAGAUGGUGCUUUUCUGGGUUGCGUCUUUGGCGGCGAAACACUGUACCAACUGAGAGGCUCCUUGCAGCUUGCAGAAAUUGAACGUGAAGGUGGAUUUGGAGCCCACAUAUCCCCGUUUGUCCAGCCUACGGAUUUGGCAGCACUUUUGAACCAGGCUGGCUUUGUACUACUCACAAUAGACUCUGACGAAAUGACUGUCAACUAUCCAACUGCCUUCCAUCUUAUGACCGACCUCAAAGGCAUGGCUGAGAACAAUGCAACGUGGAAACGCAAGUCUCAUCUACACAGAGACACUAUGGUCGCAGCGGCGGCAAUUUACCAAGAGCUCUACGGCAACGAGGAUGGAACUAUCCCGGCCACAUUUCACAUCUUGUUCUUUAUCGGCUGGAAGCCAGAUCCAUCACAGGCCAAGCCAGCAAAGAGGGGAUCCCAAACUGUGUCCUUGAAGGAUCUCGGGUCUCUCUUAGAUCCAGCCAACAAGACGUAGUCCCCCCUUUCAGCGAGCAAUAGGUUGCAGCAUGCAGCACACUGUAUAGACUACACUCUCCAUUGUGUUCUCAGAUGCUUGAGCUGUGAAUAAAGCAUCGACACAGGACUAGUCCAGGAGAAGCUGUACAGUUACGCGCAGGUCAGUUGCCGCACAAUGACAUGCAUAUGCAGUAGCAGACGUGAAAUAUCUGAAUGCAUCUUUAUCUCCCACUCGACGCCACAAUUCUGCUGCCAUCUGUCCGGC